GUGUGGAGAUAGUCCUCAGCUGAGACCCAGGCCCUGACAGAGUUCCUCCAACAUGAAGCUUGUUCAUAUUGUUGUAUUUCUUUUGUGCUACUAUGUAAGUUUUUGUGAGCAUACUUUAACAUCAGGCAUAUCUAAAAAGGACCUCGUAGAUAAAAAGUGCUUAACAGAAAAAUACACCUAUCUCUCCUGUGAUAAAGUCUUCUGCCAACCGUGGAUGAAGUGCAUCGAUGGGGUCUGUAUGUGUAAGCUCCCUUAUCAGUGCCCAAAGAAUGGCACUGCAGUAUGUUCCACAAACGGAAGAAGCUACUCAACUUACUGCCAGCUAAAGAGCUUUGAAUGUCUUCGUCCACAGGCAAAGUUUUCUAAUAGCGGACCAUGCCUAGCUGAAGUGUCCCCUGGUGCUCUGGAGAGUCACAGAAGCUUCGGAGACAUAAAUGCCACUGACUGCCUGCAGGUGCAUUGUCGAGGAUUAGAGACCAGUUUGGCUGAAUGCACUUUUACUAAGAGCAGAACUACCAAGGGCCAGAGUUUUGCUGGCAUAGUGUGUUACACAGAGCGCGCCACAGAUUCUCCCCCAGAAGACUCCUUUCCCUGUGUGAACGGGAAACACAUUGCUCAGAGGAAGGCCUGCGACGGCCUCAACGACUGUGGGGACCAGAGCGACGAGCUGUGCUGUAAAGCAUGCCAAGGGGAAAGUUUCUUUUGUAAGUCAGGUGUUUGUAUUCCAAAAGAGUAUAGAUGCAAUGGGGAGGUGGACUGCAUCACAGGAGAAGACGAAAUUGGCUGCGAAGGGACUGGACAUUUUGAAACUCGAGGCCUUCUCCCUGAGGCACAAGAAGAAACAGAAAUCUUGGCAGCUGAUAUGGAUGCAGAAAGAAAACAGAUAAAGUCAUUUUUACCUAAGCUUUCCUGUGGCGUUAGAGAGAACACGCAUAUUCGGAGGAAACGAGUGGUGGGAGGAUCAACAGCACACUUGGGAGACUUCCCAUGGCAGAUGGCGAUUAAGGAAGAUGAUAAAAUAAACUGUGGAGGAAUUUAUAUUGGUGGCUGUUGGAUACUGACUGCUGCCCAUUGUGUCAGAGCCAGCAAAGUUCAUCGUUACCAAAUAUGGGCAACGUUAAUCAAUUGGCUAAGACCUAACCAUGAGAUUGUGCCUUGGUAUGCAAAAAGAAUUAUUAUCCAUGAAAAUUACAGUGGAGCCACCUUCAAAAAUGAUAUAGCUUUGAUUGAAAUGAAACCACUUCCCAACAAGAAAGAAUGUGUGUUGACUGGUUCCGUCCCUGCCUGUGUUCCCUGGUCUCCGUAUUUAUUCCAUGCCAAUGAUAAAUGCAUUGUGUCUGGUUGGGGUAGAGACAAAGAUAACAAAAAAGUCUUCACACUGAAGUGGGGUGAAGUUGCCUUGAUAGGCAACUGCUCUAAAUUUUACCCAGGUCGCUACUUUGAAAAACAAAUGACGUGUGCAGGUACAAGUGACGGCUCCAUUGAUGCCUGUAAGGGGGAUUCUGGAGGCCCCUUAGUCUGUAUGGAUGUUAACAAUGUGACCUAUGUUUGGGGGGUUGUCAGUUGGGGUGAAAACUGUGGGAAACCAGAGUUCCCAGGAGUUUACACUAAAGUGGCCCAUUAUUUUGAUUGGAUUAGCAAUCAUGUGGGAAGGUCUCUUAUUUCUCAGCACAAUGUAUAACACUGCUCUCCCUCUUCUAUCGGCCCUUCCUUGGCCAGGAGUUCUGUUUUAAGUGAAAUGAAAACAAUGUAUGAUUAAUACUUCUCUAGGAAACAAUUCAGUAAGUUUUAUAGAAUUUUUAAAAAUCAUUUUAUUGGGGCUCAUACAAUUAUAGGAUAUUUUUAAAGGUUUCUACAAAGGAACCUUGUAUAAUCUUCAAAUAAACAUUGUAUUCAAGCAUA